AUGUGUCCCAAUCUUUCUUGGGGAAAGCAUAAUUGUCAACACUCUGAGGAUGUUGCCAUCAAAUGUUUCAAAAAAGAUGUCAGAAUCCAGCUUAUUGGUGGCUCAUCAGAAAUCAGUGGAAGAAUUGAAAUCACUCGUAAAGGAGUCAAAGGAACUGUCUGUGAUGACCACUUUGAUAACAAUGAUGCAAAAGUUAUUUGUAGAAUGAUGGGAUACAGUUCUGGAAAAGUUAUUCCAAAUAUAUUUGGACAAGGGCAAGGUGUCAUCUGGCUUGAUGAUCUCAAUUGUACUGGCUCAGAAGUUGAACUUGAAAUUUGUUCCAAUCUUUCUUGGGGAACUCAUAACUGUGGACACAGUGAGGAUGUUGCUAUUAAAUGUAUCAAAAAAGUAAAUGCAACCACAGGUAUGACACCAACUUUCUCGACAGACCAAAAUGCCACCAGAAUCCAGCUCGUUGAUGGCCCAUCAGAAAUCAGUGGUAGAAUUGAAAUCACUCGUGAAAGAACAAAAGGAAGUGUCUGUGAUGAUGAAUUUGAUGAUAAUGAUGCAAAAGUUAUUUGUAGAAUGAUGGGAUUCAGGUAA